UUUUUAUUGUGAAGGCUGCAAGAAGACCCUGUAUUAAAAAACAAACAAACGCGAAAGAGCCGCAGUUAAUCCAGCACAAAAGUGAGGAGCAAACUCCACCAGGUCUGCAACAGGAUCGCCCUGACAUGUGCUCGAUUGAAAAUGGAAAUAAUGAACAAUAAUGGAAUGGAUCUGGCGAAUUUGUAAAUAUCUUUAUUGAUCUGAUCUGGGGCUGUGAUUUCAGCUCAGUAAAAGGGAGUAGGCCCGUGGAGGAGUGUAGCCCGUCCGGCAGAUCUGUUUCAUGUAGCUCAGUGCUGGCCGUACAUCGUUGAGGAGACGCAAGAUUUGCUCAUGUUCACGCCUGCCGCUGACGCCGUAGCCGGGUACUCCAGCGGUAAUAUGGCAGAGAAGGACGUUAGUCAGGAAACGACGCUGGGCAGUGUCUACUCCCCCGUGGAUUACAUGAGCAUCACAAGCUUCCCUCGACUGCCGGAGGACGAUGCCCUUUCCGCGGAUAAUAAUAUCAAAUCCCGAAAGGAGGACGACAACUUUCUAAGCGAGCAGGACACAGACCCAGAUCUGUUCCUGAAGACCGCACGGCUGCAGAGGCUGCCCUCCUCCUCCUCCGAGCUGGCCAGCCAGGACCUGACUCCCCUGCGGGAGACACAGCGUGACCCCCUGGCUGGGGACUGCAACUGCAGGCAAGAUGGGCUGACCAUCAUCAUCACCGCCUGCCUGACCUUCGCCACGGGGGUGACUGUGGCUCUCAUCAUGCAGAUCUACUUCGGAGACCCACAGAUCUUCAAUCAGGGUGCUGUGGUGACAGAUGUGGGCCAAUGCACGUCUCUUGGUGCAGAGGUGCUGAGCAAGCAGGGCUCCUCUGUGGAUGCAGCGAUUGCUGCAGUUCUCUGUCUGGGGAUUAUCAACCCACACAUUUCGGGAAUAGGGGGUGGCGGAGUGAUGCUGGUUCAUGACAUCCGGAAGAACGAAAGCCGCGUGAUUGACUUCCGCGAGACGGCGCCCUCAGCCAUCCAGGAGAAGAUGUUUCAGGGCGAUCUGGAGCAGAAACCUGGACUGUUAGUUGGAGUCCCAGGCAUGCUGAGAGGGAUGCACCAAGCACACCAGUUAUAUGGAAGACUGCAUUGGAAAGAGGUGGUGACUAUGGCAGCAGAUGUUGCAAGAAAUGGAUUUAAUGUCACUCAUGAUCUAGCGGACGCUCUGUCUAAAGUGAAGGAUCAGAACAUGUCGGACAGUUUUCGGGAGAUUUUUGUCAAUCAGGGGCAGUCAGUGCUUCCAGGCCUGUUCAUGAGGCGCUUAGACUUGGCGGCCAUCUUGGAUUUGAUUGCAGCCAAUGGGAUAUCUGAGUUCUACAACAGCAAUCUCACUCAGGAAAUAGUUGCUGAGGUACAAGCAAGAGAUGGAGUUCUUACAGAAGAGGAUUUCACAAACUACAGCACUGCAUUAAAGCAGCCUGUGGAGGGUCUCUACCAGGGUCAUCAGAUUUUAGCCUCUCCUCCACCACACGCUGGGGCUGCUUUGAUUGCUGCUCUCAAUAUUCUGGAAGGCUUCAACAUCACUAGCCAAGUCCCCAGAAACAGCACCUACCACUGGAUGGCAGAGUCCCUGAAAAUAGCUUUAGCCCAGGCUAGCAACCUGGGGGACCCCUUGUUUGAUUCCUCUGGUGAUUUAACCGAGGCAGUGUCACAGAUGUUAAGCAAGUCUGAGGCGGCUUUGCUUCGCCAGAAGAUCAGUGACUCUCAGACACUCCCUCCUGACCAGUAUGUCCCCUACUACUCUCUGGACACUGGACGAGCCACCAGCCAGGUUCUGGUCAUGGGAUCAGACGACUUCAUUGUCUCUGUUAUGAGCUCUCUAAACCGUCCCUUUGGAAGUGGAAUUAUGACUCCCUCUGGAAUUCUCCUGAACAGUCAGAUGCUGGACUUUUCCUGGCCAAACAAAACACAGAGUUCUGCUCCCCCUGCUCCGCGGAAUAGUAUUCAGCCCGGGAAGAGGCCAGUGUCUUUCCUUUUGCCCACUGUGGUGAGACCAUCUCUGGGGUUCUGUGGCACCUACCUUUCCCUGGGUUCCUCCAGCGGAGACAGAGCACUUAGCAGCAUCGCUCAGGUUUUGAUGAAUAUAUUGUCUUUCCACAAGAACCUCAAUGACAGCUUGUCUUUUGGAAGGCUUCAUCCACAGCUUCAGAACAGCACACUCCUAGUGGACAGUGAUUUCCCCGAAGAAGACGUGGAGUUGCUGCAGAUUAAGGGACACAAUGUCAAGAGGGUAGACGUCCUGUCAGUGGUCGAAGGCACCAGGAGGACGAAUGACCUCAUGAUCGCCGUGAAGGAUCCCCGAAAUCUCGAUGCUUCUGCCAUUACCACCCCCUAAGGGGAGAGGGGGUCUGGUCACAGGCGGGGGGAAGCAUGAAGUGUCAGCAAGUUUAGGGAGGGGCCAGCUGUUUUGCCUAAUCCUGCAGACAGGUGCACGAUUCGAUAUUUAUUGUAGAUUCUUGCCAGAUUCACAGGGCAUGUUGCACAGCAGUUUCACCGUUGCAGUCUUGUCUAGUCAGAAGCAUUCACUUGCUACACUGUAAAUACCACUGACCAUCAAUGCAGGCCAACCCCAAGAACUGACAUGAACCCCCUUUCCUUCCACCCUGCCCUGUAUCAAAAGAGGGGCGUCAUGUGCUGCUGAGAAUUUCCUGUCAUCCGCCGUGUGCCCAUCAGGUGUCCGUAAUGAUAGUGCAAAGCUUUAUCUAAAGUGCAUUUUUCGCCUUUCAGAAUUCAGAAGGUCAAUUUUUAAAAUCUGUCCAAGAGGUUUUUUGAUCGGGGCCGGACCUGUUGGAGAUGGAAAUUCACAUGACUGAAUCAUGACAUGCUUAAAACAUCCGUCCCGCUACUGUUGUAAUGUAAUGUACUGCUUCAUUUUGUGCCACUUACGGGAUGAUUUUGGCAAAUUAUCAGUAGAACAGAAUGUAAGGUAUCGUAGCUGACUGCCGGUAGAAAUGUCCAGAAGGACGCUUUGAAUGUACACUGUAAAUGCAAUAUUUGAAGUGAUGGUACAGUAUGCUUAGGAUGUCAUUUUAGUACCUGAGAAUGAAGUUUCAUUUUUGCUAAAAGUUUGCAGACUGAAACAAUAGGUAUAAAAGCAGACUUUCAUGGAAAGAGAUGCAAACAUUUGACAGGCUAUGGUUUCAUAACAUUUGUAUAAUGAAUGGAAAAACCCUAACUUUACACUGAACAUUAGAAAUGUCUGUAAUGUUACAUGGUUAGUUUUUUAUGUAUACACAAUUAAAAUAGGAAAUCGGUUUUUCUUCUUCAAACUAGUAACUAGUAAUUUUUACUUGAAGUCAGCUAUGCAACAGGACUCCCUGAUUAUGUUAAUAAUUGCCACUAAGAUCUGGAGAUCAGUUAAGGUCAAGCCCUAAGUCUACCGCAGAAAUUAUCAAUAAUUUAGAAAUAUUAAGAAACUAUUUAUGCAGUUGGCAAUUUAAUUCUCCAUCCCAGCCAGGUAACCAAGUCAAAGUGCCAUAAAGGAGCUUGCAUUACUGUACUGUUGUCACUGUAACAAAGCAUACUUUAAUAUCUUAAUCUUUGACACACUAAAACUGUACUGUACAUGGUUCAACUAGGAGCCAUGACAGACUUACAUUAACCUAGGAAUUUGGAUUUACUUUGCAUUAUACCCUCUGCUUAAUUGGCACAGUAGAGUUCUAGUCAAUAAAUGCAGUGGGACAUGAACUAGUGAUAUCACAAGUAAUGUGUUUUGUAGUGAUCACCCCUGUAUUCGUUUUAAUGUAUGUUGUCAAAAGCUGAUAUUAUCACUCUGAGAAUUAUUAUCUUAGAUUUAAUAUAAUUGUGGUAUAUACAGUUAUUGUUGGGGGAUAAGGGUAGUUCCUGGAGAUUACACUUUAUUUAGAUCUCUUGUUUUUCAAACGUACAGUACUCCACUGAGAUUACUGGCCCAGUUCAGCGAUGGUUACGACUAUAUGAAACACAGACACAAUUUAAUUUUGUUAAAUUGAAGGAAGAAAGAGAAACCUUUUGGGCUACAAGUUAGAUUAACAAUAAGAUUAACAGUUUGUACAUUUGAAGGACAUGCCAUGCUUAGUCAUACCGUUAGGACACAAUGUUUCAAUCAUACCCAACAGGGACCAUUACAGUACAAAUUCACUUUUUAGGCAGAAAUCACAGGACAAUUGUGAGAAAUUAGAUGUCUAGGACAACUUUCUGAAUGCUCUGCUUAUACACACAGCUUUUCACAGAUCUGAAAAAGAGGUCAUAUUUGAAUUUGUGUUAACAAGGUUCAUCAUGUCAAUUAGCUGAACAGAGUUUAUUCAGAAAUCUCUGGAUCAAUUAAAUCGAUGGUUCUCUGCUGGUACCCUCUCAUACGCUACUCCUGCUCUGAGCAGCUGUUGCUCUGCUCUGGCUGCUGUUGUUAUCUGUAGCCCAAAUACUGAACCAAAAAAGGUUACAUCCCAUUCUGGAUCAAACCCGUUCCUCAUUUUGUUCAUUCUGCAAUGUUGCAUUUGCAUUACAAAACAGAACAUCUUUUGUAAUAUCAAAAUGUUAGUGCUGUUGUUUGCCCAGCCUGUUCUUCUGCACAUUAGUCAUGUGUAUUUAGCAAUCAGAAAGAAGCCAAGUUUAAUGGAAGAAAAGGGACGACUGAAUGAACUAGGUGUCAAUGUACUGUAUUUUAUAACAGUACUCUUGUAGUGGAAGGCUACUAACCUUCAGUUCACAAAACUGGAUGACGCUUUAUUUUUUUAAUAAAGCUGACACUUAAAAAUGCCUUUUUGCCAUAAAAUAAUGCUUAAAAGAUUAUGAUGUUGCCAGCAGUCAAUGUUCAUUCAUCUCAUGUACAAGGUCUAACAGAUUUUCUAAUAAAACAUGUCAAGACUGUG